AUGAUUCUGUUGACCCGUCACUUUUCGUCGAAGGCUGCUCGAGUGAGAAUGCCACCACCAGCACCAAACGGAAGAUCGAAAAAGAAAGACAAAAAGAAGAAGGACAUGGCACAAGUGACACCCGGAGAAACUCCAGAUGCUAACAACACCAAUGCCAUUGGUGAAGCUCCUGCCACACCUGAAGUAACCGAACAAGCGCUCCCUCCAGCUCCAGCUCCCACUCCCGAUGCGCCUCCGAAAGCAAAAGAACCAAAAGCGGCGGCUAAACAACAACAAGAUGGAGAACUGCCGGAUGCAGACAAUCCCGCUGGGUCAAAGGAUCUUCCAGAUAUGCCCAUGACUAUCGCAGAAAAGAGCAUGCUUGGAACACCCGACAUUGCCUCAUUGCCGGCCGGAAAACUCAUCACAGAGCGUUGGAAGAUAAUCGAUAAGCUUGGAGAAGGCGGCGGUGGAGCUGUGUAUCGAGUAACCGACAACACGAUGGCAUAUGUUCAAAGAGCACUAAAGAUUGAAGCAAGUGCGGAUGCAGCAGGCGCAUUGAAGCUGGAGUAUGGACUGCUCACCGAUCUUCAGAAAGUCAAUCAUUCGGUUCAGAUUAUCGUCGCGGGGAAACUACCAGAAUUCAGGUACAUGGUGAUCCAAUUACUCGGCAAGGAUUUGUAUGCCCUAAAACGUUCUCUCACUGAGCCGAUUUCCGAUGGGUCCAUUUUCAAGAUCGGAAUGAUGUCUUUGUACGCUAUCAAACAGUUGCAUGAAAUCGGCUAUAUUCAUCGGGACAUAAAACCGGGAAAUCUGAUGUUUGGACGAGAGGGUCGAGAACGACAAACAAUCUACCUCAUCGACUACGGAAUGGUUCGAUCCUAUGUGCGGAAAGUCGGCGACAAAUGGAAAGUGCGAAAAGAACGGGAGAAAUGCGAAUUUCGUGGAACACUUCGCUAUUGCUCACUGAAUGUACACAUGCGCAGGGAACAAUGUCGCGCCGAUGAUCUCUGGUCGUUGCUGUAUUCGAUGACGGAAGUGCACUUUCGCUUGCCAUGGAACAAAGAGAACGAUGAGGAAAAGAUUAUGCGCUCAAAAAAGACGCUACCAGAUACGACAAUAUUUAUGCAUUGCCCUCGCGAGUUCAUCGAAAUCAAGCAUUAUCUCAAAGGACUGACGUAUGCUGAUCGCCCGGACUAUUUGAAAAUCUAUCAAAUUAUGUGGAAAGGAAUGAAACGCAAUAAAUUUCAAUUUUCCACUCCUUUCGAAUGGAACAAAGAUGUAGACGAUCCUCAAACAGCCAUCGAAUCGAAUCCAGACGAGAAAAGGGGCGAAAAGUGUGAAAAUCCCGAUGAAUUGGACUACAAGCUCUUCCCAAUGAUUCAUCCCGACCGCUUCAAGGAAAACAUUAUUGGAUUG